GCUGCCGUACGAGAUUCUGCUCAAGAUUCUGUCGUACCUGGACGCCUCCUCGCUGUCUUGCAUCAGCCACGUCAGCAAGCUCUUCUACCGGCUUUCCAAUGACGACGUUAUGUGGCAGAGGAUUUACAUGUCAGAGUUUGAAAAUCAAACGUGGAAGUUGAAGUUGUGGUCGGGUGAUGUGGCGACAAAGGAUGACCCAGCGGCGGUGGAGGGUCGCUCCACGGGCCACUGGAAGAGGAUGUACUUUAGGACAAUGGCUGGAAAGGAAAUGAAGAUGUGGAGCAGAGAGAUGAAAGACGUCAGCCCCUACACUGGUUUACCCAAACAGACAGAGUGGGUCCUCAGGAGCCUGAAUGUGAGCUGGGAGCUGACGGUCUCAGAUUUUGGGGGGCAUGAGAUCACAGUGAAGCAGAGCCGAGUGUUUUUCUUUGAGUCGUCCGUGAUCGUCCGCUGGAACGGAGGAAUGCUCCCCAAAUACCAUAAAAUAAAAAACAUCCAGCUGUUUGGAGUCAGGCAGGACACACUGAAGAGCAGGCCCGGCUGGCGCUCUCUGAUCGUAGAGCUGGACAAGAGGGGUCCGCGUGCUUACUGCAUUGGCAAAGACAAACUAAUCAAACUGAUGCAUCUCCAGCCCGGCUUCAUCGUAGGCGUCUGGAGGGGUCAGGACGGUGUGGCCUUCAUCAUGGUCAGUCUGCACUUCCACAGGCUGGUGGAGAGGAGUCUGCUGGGAUCCCCGGUCUG